AUGGCUCCGGAUACGCUUCACUACCAACCCGAGGACGGUUUCAUCCUUCGUGUGCGCCGCAGUACUUAUUGGGCCCGAAAAAUGGCCUCGUUGAUAGGUAUUUGGCCGCACGAGGACGUAGAGCUACAUGUGCGAUGGUAUAGGAUGCUGUACUACUUAAUGCUAUCAUCGCACUGGUUCAACACUUACGUGCAGCUGGAAUACUUUUUUCGCAACUUGGGAAAUCUAAGCUUGAUCAUCCAGGGUCUAUGCACGUUCGGGAGUAUUUGUACCACCGGCAUAAAGGCGAUGCGAAUGCACGCAUAUGAGGCUGAGAUCUGGGAUAUCUGGAAGGCGAUGGAGAAUGCAUCAUUUUUCACCAAGAUGCAAUUCCUGCGCAAAGGUGACAACAAACCAAUUUUCGAGCGGAUCGACAAAAAUGUCGAUCGACAGUGGAAGGAAGUACAUCUGAACCUGCGCUUCUACUGCCUGGUGGUUGGAGCGGUAGCGUUCACUUACUCGAUCAUUCCCGCUUGUAGCAAUCUCUUCAAUCAGUUUCUGGGGAAUGAGUUUAACAGAAGUUUUGUCUACAACACAUACUAUCCACUAAUACAGAAAUACGUACAGCGCUCACCUCUGUUCGAGGUGUUGUUCUGUUCCGAAUCCUUAUCGGGUUUUACCACCUGGGCUGGUGUGGUUGCCUUCGAUGGGCUCUAUGUCGUGCUGGUUUUGUACGCGACCUCGCUGAUGCGUAUGUUGGGUGAACUGUUGCAGGAGACGACGAAUCCGGACUUUUCGGAUGACGAGCGCGCAUUUUUUCUCCGCGAAUGUCUACAACAGCAUAUACAAACGAUUGAAUUGAUCAAAAAAAUUAACGAUCUGUUCGCUCCGGUCCUGUUGGUUCAGCUAUUGACCAGCACUUCUAUCAUCUGUGUCAUUGCCUUCGCUGCAAGCUUCAGCACGGACGAAGGUGAAUCGCAGAAGGCACUAAUGGUACUCUACCUGAUAGCGGCCAUCUAUCAACUGUUCCAAUUCUGCUGGUACGGGCAGCGGCUCCAGAACGAGAGCAUCCGGUUGCCCUUGGCGGUGUAUGACGCGCGCUGGGAGUCGUGCGCUCAAACGUUCAAGAGCUCGUAUCAUAUUCUGCUGAUGUCCAGCCAACGCCAGAUUGACAUACGCGCCUGGAGCUUCUCCGGCAUGUCGCUCGAGACGUUUUCAACGAUAAUCCGAAGUGCGGCCUCCUACUUUACCGUACUGCAGACGCUGGCAGAGCAGUAG